AUGGACAACCACACGCCCGUCGGCUCCUUGUUACCGGGCGGCCACGAACCCGACCCCCGAGAGGCCGACAUUCUCGCUCAGCACCUCGACCCGCAGUUCACCGCAUCGUUACACGACCAGUACCCAUCGCCGUCGGAAAAUGGGAACGACAACGGAGAGUCGAGUAGCACUGCGCCUGAGCCCCAGUCCUCCCUCAAACUCCAAGGCGGUGACGUCCACCGUGAUCUCUACCGCAUCGAGGCCAGAUCCAAGCAGGCUAAACUAGACAAGCGAGCCUAUAGCUUUUCUUACCCCCAUCGAGAGCCCGAAGACGCCAUCGAGGAGGGGGUGGCCGCUCUAGAACCAGGCAGCUUUCGACGCCAUUUCAUUCAACAUCAUCGACAUGCCGACUUUGACCACCCCCGGGUGACAACCUCUUUCGUGGACUUCUUGGACUUGUACGGUAAUUUCGCGGGAGAGGACCUGGUUGAUACCGAGGAGGAUGAGUCGGUGGUCAGCGAGGACCGGCACGAUCGACACUCGCAGGAAGGUCGCAGACAUGUCUCGGAACGCACAGCGUUGUUAGGAUCUCGAAAACGGUCGCGUGUGGGCCAACCGGGCGAUGCGUCCGACAUGAAAGCCUUUUUGACCUUGCUCAAGGCCUUUGUUGGCACUGGCAUCAUCUUCCUGCCCAGGGCCUUCCGAAACGGAGGUAUCCUCUUCUCGUCCAUUACCCUAGUGUCGGUCGCGAUCAUCUCGACGGCGUGCUUCAAUUUGCUCCUGCAAUGUCGCCGUCAGUACGGUGGCGGGUAUGGUGAUAUUGGUGAACGGAUUUCCGGUCCUCGACUGCGCUCCCUCAUUUUGAGUUCUAUCGCCAUCUCCCAAAUCGGAUUUGUCUGUGCCUGUAUCAUUUUUACUGCCGAAAACCUGCACGCUUUCCUCCAGGCUGUGACUGCCAACCCGGAUUUUAUUAUCUCGGCCGGGUACCUGAUCGUGCUGCAGCUGGUUAUCCUUAUCCCGCUCGGCUGGAUCCGCAACAUCUCCAAAUUGGGCCCGAUCGCCCUGCUUGCGGAUGCAUUUAUUCUCUUGGGUCUGGCUUAUAUCUACUGUUACGACAUUGCCUCGCUGAUGUCCCGUGGUAUGGAGCCCACCGUCAAGCUAUUUAACCCCAGCUCGUUUACUUUGACGAUCGGAUCCUCCAUCUUCACAUUCGAAGGGAUUGGGUUGAUACUUCCCAUCCAGUCGUCUAUGAAGAAACCGGAGCAUUUCAACCGGCUUCUCUACCUCAUCAUGGCUAUUAUCACGGUUCUUUUCACGGCUGUUGGCGCUCUGUCCUACGCCACAUUUGGCGAGAACACGGAGACCGAGAUCUUCAGUAACUUCCCGCAGACCGACCCGUUCGUGAACACCAUUCAAUUCGUCUAUGCCCUCGCAAUCUUAGUCGGCACCCCCAUCCAGAUGUUCCCGGCCGCACGCAUCAUCGAGGGUAAACUAUUCGGACCGAAGUCCGGUAAACACGACACAUCCAUCAAAUGGAAGAAGAACGUUUUCCGCACCGGACUGGUCAUCUGCUGCGGUGUCAUCUCGGCCGCUGGAGCAGGGGACCUCGACAAGUUUGUCUCAUUGAUCGGAUCCUUUGCCUGCGUCCCGCUGGUGUACAUAUACCCCGCCUAUCUGCAUUGGAAGGGAGUGGCCGAGUCCCCAUGGGCCAAGCGAGGCGAUAUGGUAAUGGUUGCUCUAGGCAUUGUCUUCAUGAUCUAUACCACCUCCGCCACGGUGUCUGUGUGGAUCCAGGGGUGA